CAACUUCCAUUUUCUGGGUUUGGAAGGCACGAACCCAUUUUCUCUCUCCUAUUUUUUUGCAUUUUAUGUGGUUCUCUAACUGCCAGAUCAUUAAAUCUUAUAGUAAUAUAACAGAAUUUGUCAACCCAUUUUAUUUUAUUUUUUAUGUAAGAGAACAAGUCAUAUUACUCCUCUUAACAAGCCUAUUAUGUCUCCUACUAAGUGUUAAUUAUUAACCUUCUUCACACGAUCAACCAAGUAAGUGGAAGAAUAAAGCUGAUUAUGACAUCCAAAACUCAGAUUUUAUAUCUUUGAUCAUCAUUAGCUAUAGGCUGUUAAUUGUUAAACCUAUUUAAGCGACGAAAAUCCGAGUGACAAACGUUAAAAUAACCUUCCUCUGAUCUUUCUCUCUUGUGUUUCAUCUGAGUUACAGCAGAAGAUACUGGCAAUGGAGGAUGAUGAGGCUAAGAGAGGUAGAAGAGGUUGUACGGAUACUGUUCGGGUUAUUGGGUUUGUGCUUCCUUUGGUCAUGCUUGUAUGGAUGGUCCAUAUGGGAUAUAGACUGACAACUGAAACGAGAGAUGAUGAAGGUGGUAGUUUUGAGGGAAGCUACAUAGCUCUUUUGUUCGGGAUUGUUACGGUAGUUUUUGGUUUGAUCUAUUUCCUCGUCGGGUUGACCAUUGUUGCAGAAUUAGCUCAGGACUUGGUAGCUUGGGCGGACAAGGAAGAAGACGGAGAAAUAAUCAGAAACCAAGAAAAGGAGCAGAAGACCAUUUGUCAGAUCGUUAUACAAGUUUUAGCCACCAUGAUUUCAAUGUUCAUGCUCACGUGGACAAUAUACUACGGAUAUAGGCUAGCAGCAGAAGCACAAAGGGUUGUCAUGUACAGUCACUUGGCAUUCUUGAUAGGAGUAAUUACCAUGGCUUUUGGCUUCAUAUACUUUAUAAUUGGGAUUGCUCUAGUAGCAGAUUCUGCACUACAUCUCUCAGGAAGAUUACAACAAGAUGUCUCUGAAAGUGAUCUAUCCUUAGGCAAAGACAUAGAAGCAAGUCUUCUGGUGUAAUAGGGCAACCACCAGAGAAAUACCACUGACUACAUUUUUUUGUUCUGGCUGCUAACAAGCUGACACCCUAUAUGGUGCGAUUAUGUUCACCAUAUAUGGAUAACGCCAAAGUGCAGACUUUACAAUCCUGAAACAGGAUUAAGCAACAACUCUUGUAAUAGGCUCGACUGGUGGGAGAGGAAGAAGAAACAGAACAUGCAAGUGAUGCAUCCUUUUUUGAGCAAAAUUUCAAGACACGAACACAAGAAAUGCAUUUGAGAAGAGCGAUUCCUGGGCAUGUUCCAUUUGACUACAAGAUCACAACUAACUGAUCAAGUUUUGACUCUAGACAGAUAAUACAGUAAUUCUAAUAUGAAAAUAAUUUAGGAUAGAAGCAUGACUUUAAGCCAUUAAAUUAUAUACAGUUAAUGUUCUUAUAUUGUAAGUUUCUCCAAAUCAUGGUAUUGUAUGCUGGAUAUUGUCGUAUUUAAGUAUGUUUCUCCAUAUGUAAGCUAGCUAUACUCCUAGAGAUGAACUGAUAAGAUUCCUCUAAGCAAAUUCUAAGUUUCUACUUUCUAGGCAGCAUUACAAAAUUGUCUCUCAAUAUCUGAUCACAUCUUCUGUUUGCAACUGACUCACCAAUUCAACAGAAAUUAAAAACAGC